AUUCACCUUUGGCUGCGGAAACAUACGCCAUGUGGCUUGCUGCUCAUCAACUACAUAUUUUGAGUUACAAUAAGGUAGCUUUCCUAGGAGAUUGUCAGGAACUGCUAAAGAACUUGGUUGCUGCCAUAAAUGGGGGUACUAAGCAAAGGCAGAUAGCUAAGGAAAAUGCAAUGCUUCAAGACAUCAAAAUAUUGCAUCCAAUCAGCAUUUUACCUUUCAUUAUGUUCCUAGGAUCUUUAUACAUGUUGUUGAUCAGUUAGCAAAACACAGGCUAGGAUAAGAAAUCAAAAUUAUGUAAUAUCCUGGCAAAGUCACUAACAUGAUGUAUUCCAAAAGUUUAAAGUAAUGAGAAUUAAAUGGGUUGAUAAAAAAAAAGGACCUUAUACUUUACUAAGUUUCCUUGAUAACCUUUUUACGAUGGUGGUCAUUGCCUCAUUGGUCAAUGGUCACCUUCUUAUCGUCGUUUUAAAGAAAAACUAAAAAAAGACCAGGUCAAGCUUUUAAUUGUCUUAAAAAACCUUCUCUGUUCUUCUUCUAAUUACUCUGAAACCUCCAAGCACUAAUGAUUAGUCGAUGCUUGUGUUAUGAAAGUCAAUGAUUUGAGAGAAUACAUCCAUGCAAACUUAACGAAAUUAAAAAUGUUUUGACUUGAAGAAAACUAGAACAUUAUACAUUACAUAUAUUAAUUUUGUAAACCGAUCAAUUGUUUUUUUUCAUCAAUUGGUUUACUUUUAAAUUUUUUAUAUUGCUAAUUAUACGACCCAUGCAUAUAAUGCCAUUGCCAUAUUUGUGUAUAAGAGAAGGUUUAAAUUUGUUGCCAAGGGAUAUAAAAAUAAUGAAAUUUGUUGCCAAGAGGAAAAAAAAAGUAAUUCAAAGAGAGAAAUUAUUAGAAUCUUAUUAAGGAAAAUAAUAUUAACUUUUAUUAGUAAUGAAAAUGUGAAAUACGAUUAGCAAGAACAUUGAAUAAAUUGAUGUUGACAAAUGACAAAAAGUAAUUAAUGAAAAUUAAUUGUGUUUGUAUAUAUUUCUUGACUUGAAAAUUUGUUUUUAUUUAUAACCAAAAGAGCUUACUGUUCAAACUUUUCUCCAGAUCAUUCUUAUAAAAAUCUUGCUCUCCAAGACAUUCUUGCUCCGUGAUCGUUUGGAAUUCCACUGACUGAUGCAACAACUGAUUCAUCUUUUUGAGUGAGUGAUCAUGGCUGUCUCGGAAAAUGCUGAUGUGAUGAAAAUGGACUCUUCUGGUCAGAGUCAAGACAAAAGCAAUGUCUUAGAAGCUGAUACGAAGCCGCCAUGUUCUGAUGAUCAGAAGAGCCCUGAAUCCAAUUCCUCUGUUGAGAUAUCAAACCCAACAAAGGACCAGAACGGUGAAGGAACUCUCAAGAGUGAGAUAAGUCAUUUGGAUGUUAAGUUUUCUAAGUUGAAUCCGAUGGCUAAGGAAUAUGUUCCACAUUCACUUGCUCAAGCCCACUCUGGGUUUGUGAGUAAUAUGGUAUGGCGUAACAAUAACAUCGCAAUGAUGCAAACUAUUCCUGCUGUGGAGAAUGGCCAUUUUGAUACAAGGAGAGGGAACUUUGGCCAAGGGCAAGGAUGGACGAACAGAAAAACAAGCUUGGCUCAGAAUACAGAUGUAAUCAGGAGAACUGUAUAUGUCUCAGACAUUGAUCAACAGGCUACUGAGGAGGAACUUGCCCGUCUCUUCCUUUCUUUUGGUCAGAUUGUUGAUUGUCGUAUCUGCGGUGACAGUAACUCUAUUCUUCGUUUUGCCUUCAUUGAAUUCACUGAUGAAGAGGGAGCUAGGUCUGCUUUAACAAUAUCGGGUACUCUGUUUGGUUCUCAUCCUAUUAAGGUUCUUCCCUCCAAAACAGCUAUUGCACCUGUUAACCCGACUUUCCUCCCAAGGUCUGAGGAAGAGCGCGAGAAAUGUGUGAAGACUGUUUACUGUACUAAUAUUGACAAGGAGGUCACACAAAGGGAACUGAAAGAUUUCUUUAGAACAGCCUGUGGGGAGAUUCAACAUUUGAGGCUUCUUGGAGACUAUCAUCACCAAACCCGCAUUGCUUUUAUUGAAUUUACCCUGGCGGAAAGUGCAAUCUCUGCUCUUAAUUGCACCGGUGUUGUCUUGGGCGGGCUCCGUGUAAGGGUAAGCCCGUCGAAGACGCCAGUAAGGCCACACCCCAAUGAUUUAAACUAGAGUAUAAUCACAGCCCGAUCACAGAGAUCAGGUCAAGAAGAGAAAGAGAGAACAAAACUCAUUUUAAGAUAAUACUUAAGUCGUUUUCUGUUCGUAUAAACAUCCUCUUGUUUCUUUAAUUGGCAGGUCUUUUUAGAUCCCUCAGUAAAACUUUAAGCUAGACUUUCUCCUUCUAUUGUUUUUGUUGUUGGAAACCUCUCUUUGGUUAUCUUUAUGGAACAAUUAAAAUGAUACAUGUCAAAUCGUUUACUGAUCGUUGGUGUUGUUUCCGUUAGAUUUUAGGUGAGUCUAUAUGCUUUGUGAACGAAUAUUUAGUUUCUUGGUUAAUUAGUUUUGCGCUACUUUUUCUUUGAAUUGAUAAUUAUAUGGGAGAUCCUAUAUACUUUUUAGUUGUUAAAAAAUCAAAAAUGUUGGCUGGUGUUUUGAUAAUUUCAGACACUCUUUUCCAUAAUUGUGAUGCACUUUACUUGUUAGAUUCUUUUGGUCUAGUAAUUUACAGAUUCUGUGUGUUUUCCAUCACAAUAUAUUUUACAGUUUAAAUUAUAUUUUUUUUGCUUAGGUAGCUUUAUUGAUUCUAAAACCAUUUCAAUCAAAUUAAAGUAUAUAUCAUGCUUUUAUAAAUUAGAAAAUCCUAUCUUUUUAAUUGUUAAAAUCAAAAGUGUGUGUUGGUGUUGUGAAGAUUUCAGUCGCUCCUUUCCACAAUUAUGAUGCAUUUUACGUGUUAGAUCUUUUGGUUGAUGUUUAAAGAUUCUUUUCGAAUAAAAUUACAAGAAAACCAUCUAAUCUAUUAAAAUAGAGUCUUAUUUUUUAUCUACUUAAAAAUAUUGUCAUUUAAAUUUGGACCUAUUCACUUCUCACUAGAAAAUAUAUAACAUUCAUUAUUAUUAGAUUAACAUUACAAAAUAUCUUCUCCCUCUAAUUAAAAAGAUUCCGUCGACUACCCAUAAUACACUAACAUCAAAAUACCCUAACGUAGUUAUAUUUGAACCUUUCAAAGUUCAUUAAUACAACUGUGUCUAAUCUUUUAGGUAUAUUAUAAUUGAUACAAACAUUUACACAAUUGUAUAACACACAUUUCAUUUGUUUUUCCUCUACUCAUUGUCUCAUGUUUGAAUCUAUGGAAGUUGGGUAGGUCCUCAUUAGAAAUAAUCUGAUAUAUAGACAUUUGUUUCUUCUUUUUCUCCAUGACUUCUCUUCGUCAUGAAUAAAAAGAAAUAUUUUGGUUACCUGCAAGGAGAAAUGAAAACAGAUUCAUAAACAUUUAUCAUUCAUGCAUAUUAGAAAAACCCAGUGUUCUAAAAUACGAUUGGUACGCCUGUAUAUACGGCGUAUAUACGCUGUUCAGUAGUACACUGUAAUGUUUUUUGGUAACAGCAGAAUAAUAUGGUUAUUGUUUAUAAGGUAUUUAUACGACAUUUAUACAUCGUUUAAAUGGCGAAUCGUUUAAUUUUUAAAAAACUUAGAUUCUAACGAUCUUAACUAGAACAAACAAUAAAUUUUCUAACAUUACAGUAACAAAAUUACAAAAUAACGAUUUUUAUUUCAUCUUCUUAUAGUUUUUAAAGUUCUAACAAUAUUAUCUAAAACAACCAAAUCGUUUCCUAAAAUAUGCUAAAAAAUAGAAACAAUUACUUUAGAAUCACGAUGAACUUUAGAUAACUAAAUUAAUAUUGUUAGAAUUGCUAUCAACCAAAUAAUCUUUUUGUAAAUCUAACCUAAACAAACGAUAAUAACAAGAGAUCAAGAUUUAUUAAACAUUUACCAUAUCUCAUAAUAUGGUAUAUAACAAAUUUUAACUUUUGUUAUGUUUAAUAUUUAUAAUUUUGAACUUAUUUUCUAACAAUAUGAUCAAGAUUUAAUUAUUUUCAUUUGAUCAAGAUUUAGAUCAAGAUUUUAUCAUUUUGUUGACAAAAAAGUAACUGAUUGCAAACCACCAAAUGUAAAUAUAUAAGUUUAUGUUUUGAAAAUAUAGUAAGUCAUAUAUAUCCAACUAAACAUUUUCAGACUAAACUUUAAUAAUAACUUUUUGCAAAGUAGAAAUUUUAAUAUUGUUUAAUAAAUAUGAUGUCCAACUACAUCCAUAAUGAUAAUUUUACAUAAUAAACUUUGGGUCAAAAUCCAUUUAAAUAAUAUAUUUAUUUAUUUAGAGUCCUACUUAUAUUUAUUGAUAAAAUGUUGUUAUUUAAAUUCUGGACCUAUGCACUUUUCCGUUGAUAAUAAAUUAGAUUGGCUAUUAAAUAUAUAAAUCUGAAAAUUAUGCUACACUAAUUCAUUUUGCUUACCAAUUAUUUGGAAAUCAAUAAAAAUGACCGAUAUUUUAACCAAGUGACAUUUAGUUUCGACAUACAAAAAUAUCUAUCUCUAAAUAUGACAUACACAAUAUAAUAUAGUAUACGUGAAAUCAAUUCAUUAUGUCUCUUUAUAUUUCUCACUGCUACAGAGACUAAUUCAAACAUUUUAUUUAUCAAGAUUUUAAUGUAUGCGAUGAUAAUUAAUAACCGGUGCUAUAUAGAAUUGGUUUAACUAAGCCAUUGCUAGUUUUAUACAUAUAAAUCAAUCUAUUGGUAGCAUAUAAGGUUAGAAGCCGGUAACCAAUAUUCAAUAUUUCAAGCAUGAAAUGUUUAAAUUAUGUUUAUGACACAGAUUUACUGGAACAAAUUCAUUCUAAUAUUCUUAUAAAAACAAAAUAAUUAUAUAGAAAAAAGAUUUACUAACAAAACAAAUAAGUAACUGAACUACGAACUACAUAUUUCUUGAUUAAAAUUUAAUGAGACUGUAAAAUUUUCUAACACCAUUUUAUAAAAAAUAAUCCCGCGUUUUAACGCGGGUUAGAAUCUAGUUUAAUCAAAUUAAAUUAUAGAUCAGACUAGUAGAUUGAGUUGACUGAAUUAAACUGGUUUGUUUGAGUUGAGCACCCUUGGCAAAACUACACACCAAGUAUGAAACCAAAAGUAAAAUUAGGCACAUUACAUAUGAAAGUUUUAGUUGACUUUAAUCAAGGUUGUGUUUGUAAUUAUAAAGUAUAAAAUUAUACUCCUAAAAGCAUAGAUCUUAUGUUUCAGAUUGAGACAUUAACCUGUUAUGUAGAAAAUAACGUAUUCAAACGUUGAAAAGCUCAAAGUGGAAACUCGGAACAACAAAUGUCAACUUAUCAGACCGUUGUCGGCUCAUCGGUCAAUAUAGUUGGGAAACUUAUAAGACAAGUUACGCGCUCAAAGAGCAUGCGCCACGUGAAAAUAUUACUUGCGGCACAUGCAAGUUCAUUGACAACCAGAUUACUGAGCCAUACCCAAGUAAAAGAUCAAACCGGAAUGCCUAUGGUUAAGAGACGACUCUUGUAAUAUGAAGGUAGCAAACUCUGUAUGUUUCUGGUUAAUUAUUACUUAGCCACUUGUUUAAGGUUAACCAAUUGAACCGACGACCAUAACGUCUUGCCUGCAUCGUUAUCGACUUUUUUCGUAAUUUGACCGGCAACCAUUUGCUACUAAUAUAUUAUAUAUACAUUCAUCAACAUUAUUGCUCUGGAGUCUGGACCUGAACGGUAAGAUGUUGAAAUUUAAACCUGCUUACCAAUGUGUAUCAAGGCGGUUUAAACCGGUUUAUACUUAAGAUGCUAAACCAAUACCCAAUAAAUACACCAUGAUUCAACAGUUUGAUGGAUAAAUGACACAACUAUCUGAUGGAGAAAUGCGAUAAUCACCAUGAUUCAAGUUUAAACUAAUAAAAAUCAGUAGUAUCAAAGCAACACAUGGCGACACUCACGUUUGUGGCAUUGUGUCAUUUGUACAAAAUAAUUGAAUUGAUACUAACUUUUUUAAUUAAUGUCAGAAUAAUCUUAACUAACCAUCAAGUACAAUUAUCUAAAUGAAUAUAUUCACUAAAAUAUUGUAAAUGCUAAAUAUAUGAAGAUUCCAUACCAUUUAUAUAGAUUUUAAAAAUCUUUUGACAAGGAAAUAAAAGUAUCUAAAUAUUUCAAAUCAACUUUCCUUAUAACAUAACUUAA